CCUCCGCCCGCUGUGCUGCUCCACCCACGCCGCCCGAGCGCCAUUUCCCACCUCUGCACAGCUGCUAGCACCGCACGCCUGGCCCCGUGCGCCCUCCGCGUCUCGCACCCCGGCUUGCCUCGCUCGGCGCGCUCGGCGAGUCCCGACUGGCGACGCAGCGUCGGUGCGCAUCCCGCGCAGCGGCCAGCUCGCUUGCGCUUCGGCACGCCGCAGCGCCGUGGCGUCUCGCUUUGCCCAGCUGCCGUACCUCUUGCGUCGCGCAGGCGUUGCUGAGAGCUCGCCGCUCGACGCUCGUGCUGUGACGCUGCCGCUCCACGGCCGCGCUCGCGUCUGCCGCUGCGGCAAUGUCGCUCUUCGAGUACAAGGCGCCAUGGCCCGUGUAUGCGCUCGCCUGGUCGCCGGCGCCGUACCCGCGCGCCGCGCCCAGCUCGGCCGCGGGCAUCGUCGGCGCACGCCUGGCCAUCGGCAGCUUCGUCGAGGAGACGCACAACGAGGUGCAGGUGCUGGGCGUGCGCGAGGCACACGACGGCAGCGGACCUCAGUUCGAUCUGCUCGCCUCGGCCGCGCACCCGUAUCCGCCGACGAAGCUCUCCUUCCAGCCGGCCAGUCUCUCCUCCUCCUCGCCGCCCUCGACGCCGCGCUACGCGCCCACGUCGCGCGCCGCCAAGCGUGCCUCGUGGCGCGGCUCGGCGGGCGAGGGCGGCGGCGACGAGGGCGGCAGCGGCAGCGACGGCUGGGCCGAUCGUGAGCUGCUGGCGACGACGGCCGACUGUCUGCGCGUGUGGGAGUGCUAUCGCGAGGAGGAUCGCAGCAGUGCAUACGUGGGACGCAGAGAGGGCGCGCCGCUGCCGUUUGGACUGCGGGAAAAGAGCGUGCUGGCACAUUCCAAGUCCUCGUCCUCCCCGCCGGCUCCCCUCACCUCCUUCUCCUGGAACGCGCCGACGCCGUCGCUCAUCGUGACGUCCUCCAUCGACACGACGUGUACGAUCUGGGACCUGCCCACGCGCACCGCGCUGACGCAGCUCAUCGCGCACGACCGCGAAGUGUACGAUGUGGACUGGUGUCCCGGCUCGUCGGACGUCUUUGCCAGCGUGGGCGCCGACGGCUCGGUGCGCGUCUUUGAUCUGCGCAGCCUGGAGCACUCGACGAUCAUCUACGAGACGGGCGCGCCCGCCGGUCCUGGCGGCAACGCCGGCUCGCGUCCGGGCACGAGCGCCUCGCAACGCUCCUCUGCCGCCGUCAUGCCUUCGUCCCUGCUACGCAUCGCCUUCAAUCCCUGGGACGCCAACUACCUCGCCACGUUCGCCGCAGAUGCCUCGGCCAUCUCCAUCCUCGACGUGCGCGCGCCCGGCUCGCCGAUCCUCGAGCUGCGCGGCCACUCGGCGGCCGUGAAUGCCGUGGCGUGGGGCCCGCCGGGACAGGGCGCCAGCAAGGGCAUGAUCUGCACUGCCGGCGACGACGCGCAGUGUCUCGUGUACGACCUGGCCUCCUCGACGCUGCGCUCCGCCUCCGCACAGGGUCGACGCUCGCGCAACGGGGCCGGUCCCUCGCCCGCGCCGUCCUCCGCCAUGUCCACCUACUCUCCCUCGCCGGCGCCCAGCUCCGACGCCCGCGGCGUCGCGGCCGAAACGCCCAUCCUGGCGUACGAGAGCAGCGAGAUGAUCAACAACGUCGCGUGGUGGCGCCCCAACGAGAACCGCAAGAGCAACGGCGAGUGGGACGACUAUGCCAAGGGCGACGCCACGCGCAGCGCCGACUGGCUGGCGCUGACCAGCGGCCGCAACGUGCGGGCCCUGCGGGUGUAGCUACUGCGGCGAGCGGUGCGCUCGCAAGCCAAAUAGAUACCCCUCUUCUUUGACUCUGCGCAGGCUGUGUGCGCGUGUGUGC